CUACAUAGAGGAAGUUGUCCUAAUUAUUGAGUGCCUAAGGGAGGAAACUGUGUGGAAGCUAAUUUGGAAGAGCCCCAACGAUGAUAUCAUUCCCCACACUUGUUCUUUAGCCUCACAUGACAGGUUAGCCACGCCAAAGGUUGCAAAAGUCUCUUUAUACUGCCUUAAAGUAAUUGCAAUUUUGACACAAAACUAUGUUGCUGUGUGUUCAUUUACUGCUGUUCUUAUCUGCAUACAGUAUAAUUUGAGUUUAUACUACUAGGGACUUGAGAAAGUGUCCCAUUUGUUUGGAUGUUUAUGGUCUUGUGUCUUUGUUUUUUUUCUUGAACAUUGGAAUUAUACCCAAGGAUUUUACUUAUGUAUUCUCUUAUGAGACCAACUAGUUUGGAAGUGUGUCUAUUUCCAGGUGAACUGGUUAUCGGUCAAGCCCACAAUGUUCUGAAGUUUGACGCAUUCAGUGGGCUCAACAGUGGCAUCUCGGGUUCUCUUUAUUGUACAAAUUUCAAAAUCAGUUUCUCAACAGCUACCAAGCCAUCCCACGACCUGGUCGAGCUUGAUCAUAAAAACCUUCUGUAUAAAGAAAAUGACAUUCCGUUGACAAGUGUAGAGGCUGUUUAUCAAGUAUCUUCAAACAGACGAAGACUGUUGUCCCCAAAUAGUACUGUUAGCAAUGGAAUUAAAGUGCUUGAAAUCAGAUGUAAAAACUUCAAAGUUCAUACAUUUAGUUUCAAGUUCACUCUUAAAAAAGAAAACAAAACUAUUGUGAACACAAUUCUUCAUCAUGCAUUUCCAAAAAAACUUGAGCUUCUUUUUGCAUUCUCCUUUCAACUGCCAAAUUCUCAAGCUUUGACCCCCACUGUUACCAAUCCAGAGAAAAAUCACAGCAAAUCGAAUGGCCGAUCGAUUAAUCUGACCAAGUUCUUUCGCACUACUUCCCCUACGGUGCCCCCAUCACCAACUCCAUCGCUGAGCGAGGAGCGUCCGUCACGGACGCCUCAGUAUCGUAAAGUGUCCGACUGGGAAGCGGAGAUAAAGCGCACCAAUGGCUUGAACCUUAGGGUGACAUUGGCCAAUCAGGCCUUCAAGAUCUGUGACAGUCUUCCUGAAUACUUUGUUAUUCCAAUGGGAUCUAAGGCUAAAGGCAGGGAUUCCUUAUUGGAUGGUGACCUCCACACAGCGGCUACCCAUUUUGAAGGUGGUAGAGUCCCAUUUUGGUCUUGGAGCCAUUCAAAUGGUAGCAUGUUGAUUCGUAUGUCUCCACUUCGUGUAGAUUCCCCUCACCUUGAUCAAGAAACAAGAAUGUUGAAGAUAAUUCAAGCCUGUCAUCCAUAUGACAAAUACCCUUUGACUCUUGACCUUAAUGCGACCUGUCCGUCAGUCAAGGAUAUCCAGUCAAGUUUUCAAAAGAUCAGGGAAUUGUGUGUCCCAGAGGCAGGUCCAAAAAAGUCCAAUAGCCUUUUAAGAAGGAAGAGCUUGGACCCCAAUAAAAGUAGCCCAGCUAAACAGAUCGCUGAGCUUCGGAAGGAAACAUUAAAAGAAUUCUGGAACACAGAUGCAAGAUGGCUGUCAAGUGUAGAGGCAACAAAAUGGCUUCAAUAUAUCAGAGCUUGUCUUUCAACUGCUGCAUAUGUAGCGACAACAAUCGCUCAUGAGCAGAAGUCGGUAGUUCUUAAAGAAUUUACUGGCCGAGACUUUUCAUGUGUCGUCUCUUCUCUAGUACAACUAAUGCUAGAUCCAUAUGCAAGAACUCAGAUGGGUUUUCAAAGUUUAGUUCAACGUGAAUGGGUCAUCGCAGGUCAUCCAUUCCUUACCAGAUGUGGACACAUCAUUCCGUCAGAUGGUCAAGAGUCGCCGAUAUUUUUACUUUUUCUGGAUUGUGUCUUCCAACUAAUGGAACAGUUUCCCGACGUAUUUGAGUUCACGGAUACAUACCUCAUCACGCUGUGGGAUAGUACGCACAUUGGAGUCUUUGGCACUUUUAUAUUCAACAACGAGAAACAAAGAGUGCAAACAUGCAUGCGUGGGGAAGAUGGCAAAACAAUUAAGUUACCGACGGUUUGGGCAUGGACGCUUCAAUAUAAGAUGGAGGAUCUUGCUUUGUUUAACAACCCGUUGUACGUUGCAAAGCAUGAUGUGGGCGAAAAUUUCUUGGCGACAUCUUUAAACAACUCAAUUGGAUUUGAGGACAGCAUGCAGCUUGGGUGCAAUCCCGGUGUUUAUCGCAACUCUAUGCAUUUAUCCGAGCAAACAGCGUCCAUGUUUGAGGACUAUGCAAAAAUGAAACGGACUUUCAGUCUGCAACCGGGUAGAAAUAAACGCACUGGUAACGGAGCACAUUCAUCUGGUGCAACAUUUGAACUACCAGAGACAGAGAUUGAUUUAAUCGUGCCACGUAUAAGUGGACCGUACAUUAAAUUAUGGAUGCGAUCGUAUCUCAGGUGGAUCCCGAGUAUACACAUUGUCGGGGGCGGUGCACCAACACAGUACCAACAACAAUGCAAGGUGGUUGACGAAAUCCAGCAAUUACGGGACCAAGUUGAUCAGCUCCAAGCUGUAUCACCGUCAAGAGUGGUAAAACGCAGAAGCCAGUUUUUCUUUGCUUGCGAUGCUGAUCGUGAUGGAAUGCAUGGAGCAGACGUAGUUAGCUCUGCCUUUCCAUUUACGACCAGUGAUCUAUCUUUCAUUGGUGGCGACCGUAGAUCUUUCAUUGGCACACCAUUAGCAUUGUUUUUAAGGGGUCAAAGUUUAUUGGACACAGACACAAGUGCACUUGAAGAUCUAGAAGAUUAAUUUAUCAGUGCUAAAGAUAUACUGCCUGUCAAAAAAUUAAAAAUACAGGAAAGGUUUUAUUUAUAUGCCCAUUAAGUGACAUGUAAAUACCUUUUUUUUAACAUGUCAAUUAAGUGACAGUUAAAUUUUCUUCUCAUUCAGAUUUAUAAUUUUAAGUUAAUAACUUAUAUAGAUGUACAAAUUAAGGAAUUGAAAUUUUUAAUUACUUUAGAUCAUGGUAGACAGUAUAUCUUGAAGGAUUUAUAAUUAACCUGGUAGAGAAACUAUUUAGAUUUCAUUGAUUCUAAAUAUCUGUUCAAUAUUAUGAUUUAAAUAUUUAUCAUAUUCUUGAUGUUUUAAGUACAUUCUAUUAAAAUAUUUGUUAAGUAUAAUUUCUAUUUAUCUUAACUUUCUAUCUUGAAAUUUCAAUAUUAUUUAACUUAUUAAUAUGAAAACAAAGUUGAUCCUCGUGUAAAUAAAUAAAGGGAUUAUGUAAAAUAGUAAUAUAAUUGCAGUUUAUAUCAUUACAUGUACGGAAUCAUGUAUUUUCAUAUAGAUUGAAUUAUGGUACUGUACUUACAGAUUUUUAUACUAAUUUUUGUGGUAAUAGGAUAUAUUCUAUGAAAAUAUUAAUGUUAGAGAACUAGAAACAUUUUAACAAAGGAUUUCUUUUAUUAAUAUUAUUAAGGUUGAAUAUAUUCUUAAUCAAAUUAUUGUAUUAAAGUCAAUAAAGAAAUAUAAUUUACUUAAAAGUACUCUAUUUAAAAGUUGUUUGUGUAUGUUAGAUUGAACCAGUUCUUUCAGAAUUAUUUUUACUUUAUAAACUGUGUUUUAUUUUUCUUUUAUAUUGUAAGGGUUUUUUUUUUUUAAUGAUUUUAAUGUAAAUAAUUUGUACGAAAUUGUGCAUUUCUAUUCAGAUGCAUGACUUGAGAAACCUUGCCAAUAAUAAUAAUUGAAGUAAAACAUUACAUGGGAGAUUCACACAUAGGUAUUCUUAACUGUAUACAUGAAAAUAACUGAUUUUUGGGGCAGUUCAAGGGUCACAAGACUCCCACACAAGCAAGCAAAUUGUAAAUUGAUGGUAUUUGUAUUUUUUUUACUACUGUAUUAUCAAUAGUCUCCUGGGGAUUGGUUAGCGAUGGGCAUAACCACGCACAGCAGAAUGAUGUGUUCAGAAAGCUCAUUUAUCAGAUGUCCUGGAAGUAGUUUCUUCUAACUUGGGACUCCAGGGCAAUUGCGCAUACACAACUUUAAAAGUGAGCAAGUUCUUCUAUCUAAAUUACAGGAUGUUUAUAUUGUGACAAGCAUGUAGAUGAAUGCUGCUUUAAGCAAUAUUAACACAUACAUAAGUUCCUUUAAUCCUCAUACCAGCAUACUGUAGCCAAUUGUAAAACUCAGUAACUUUGGCAUUAGUAAGUCUUUUCCAGUAAGUGACCCAUCAUUUUAAAGCUUACAAUGUGGAAAAUAAGAAUAAAAUAUCAGUCAUUUUUUAUUUUAGUCACUGAUGCUGGAUUUGGGAUGGCUAGCCACAUAUGUAUUGUAUAUGCUUGAUUAUGGUAACUAGAUUAUGUCAAUUAAAUUAUGGAAUAUACAAUUUUCUGAAAUUAAUAGUAGAACUGUUUUAUUUCAUUAAAUCACUCAAGACCAAGAU